GCUUACCUGUCGCGGCCAUUGUGGAUGAAAAGAUCUUCUGCUGCCAUGGAGGCUUGAGCCCCGACCUCCAGAGCAUGGAACAGAUCCGUCGCAUUAUGAGGCCUACCGACGUGCCAGACCAGGGCUUAUUGUGCGAUCUUUUGUGGUCAGAUCCAGACAAGGACACAAUGGGCUGGGGAGAAAAUGAUAGAGGUGUAUCCUUCACUUUUGGGGCAGAAGUAGUUGCUAAGUUCCUCCACAAGCAUGACUUUGACCUCAUCUGUCGAGCUCAUCAGGUUGUUGAAGAUGGUUACGAGUUCUUUGCCAAGCGACAACUAGUAACAUUAUUCUCAGCACCCAACUACUGUGGGGAAUUUGACAAUGCAGGUGCAAUGAUGUCUGUAGAUGAGACGCUUAUGUGUUCCUUCCAGAUACUUAAGCCAGCAGAUAAAAAGAAGUUCCCCUAUGGAGGAUUGAACACAGGGCGACCCGUAACGCCGCCGCGAGGAGCAGCCAAUCAGAAAAACAAGAAGAAAUAAAAACUAGUGUUGGUGUCACUGUCUUGGUGUUGGCAAGUCUGAGGUUGGCCUUUGUUCAUCCUUGCCUUAAGUUUUGUGGAUUGCUAUCAGGGGAUGUGACUUCAAAAAGAAAGAAAUAUUGAUUUUAACUGGGUUAUUUAUAAUUAACAUAUUUUAAUCCUGGAUGAACAAGGGUAAUUAGACAUUGCAACCCAGGACAUAAAUCUGUUAAUGAAAUAAUUUUAUGGAAUUUCAGUUGCUAGAUUAUCCAUGAUAGUUAUAUUUAUUGGUACAUUGGCCCAGGUUCCCUCAGUAAAGUUAUUUUUCUAUUUUGAACCUUCAUUUUUGUUUUAUUCAUUUAUAAUUAUUAAUUACUGUAUUUUUUAGGGCAAAGUCAAACUUUUGUUUUAUCCGAAAUAGGUUUUAUCAGCAGUAUUAAUGCUAAAAGGUUUGUCUAUUGGUUCCAAAUUUUCUAGAAAAGAAUUGGCUUGCAACUGUGAUUAUCGGAAAAUUUGUUCAACUUCAGUUUAUAUCUUGGAAGAUAAGUUUGACUUGUAUUAAUAUAUAUAUAUUUCAGUGUGUAAAUAGCCAUGGUAUUUAACCGCAUAUAAGCAUUUACCAUUGUUCUUGUAUAAACUUUAGGGCCCAAAGAAGACUCGAGUGAAGCAGCGAGGGGAUGAUAGUUAGAGAAGCUGCUGGUUAGGUUCAUGUACAAAUGUCCAGUUGCCGUAGUAGCAGGAGCAUCUGGCUUUUGCUAUCGCUUGUAUAGUCAGAACAAGAGCGCACUGGUGGUGGUAUGUCGAGAGCCCAACCCCUACCCAAAACCUUUCGAGAGAGAAAGAAAUGACUCUCUUUCCCCACACCCGAGGACUUGCAUCAUACAUCCACCAGGUAAACCAGGUAUUGGCUAAUAUACCCAUGCUAGAUUUGUGGAGUUUGGGCAUGGUGUGAAAAGUCCCUUAAUGUGCAAAAGUAAAAUACAUGUACCAAAGCAGAUGUAAAUUGUGGUUGUUAAUUCAAUAAAAGCGUUCAUCUCGGUAAUUUUGUAUUACAUGUCAAGAGUGUAGUGCGGUAUAAGCCACAAUGGGAGCACCAUUUACGCCCGUCUCCUCUUCAAACAACGCAAAGGCAUAAGGAAAGAAUGCUGGUGACACGUUUGCUGCAUGCAAUGUACCGUAUCUUUCGGUGAAUUUAAAGACGCUCAGGCAGUGACGGGAGCAAAGGUGGAACACUUGGUUGACCCCCACUCCACUCCUUUCCCCUCCCCCUUCUCGGGUAUAUUAUAUUUUUUAUCAGAGUGAUUAGUUGACUAUCACUGUUUUUGUGACUAGAUCACCAUUUUUCAGCACGACAAUUUUCUGCCUAGUUAGCAACCCUUGGAGGAGAAUAAAGGUAAAAGGAAUGGUAACUAUGCUGCUGAAAACUGGUGGUGUGUUCUGGCGAGGAUCAUGUCAGUUGUCAGUUUUUUGGUCUCAAGAGAAACUGAAUGUGCCUGACAUUUCCUUAAGUUUAUUUCAUUCAUCAUUUUGUAAUUAUUUCUUCUGCUGGCUAUCCCAUACUUGUAAAGUUUUUACAUAAAUAUUUGAGUGUGCUGUGAGGGAAUAGCACACACCUCUGCACUUACGUACUUUACAGUUAGGUUAUGAAUUUCACUAUUAUUAAUCAUUUGCAAUAAAGGUGAUGAUUACAUUUUUUCGGCUCUGGUUUCAUGUGGGCAGUGUGCUCUCAACCACACACUUUAGUACUUGCCUUUUAUUAUUUUUCCUUUUUUAUUCAUUUUUUAUUUAUUUAUUUUUUUUUUACAUGAGCAUGGCCACAUAAUUUGUAAGCUACAGAAAUUGCUAGAUACUAUGACCAAACCAUGGUUUACAAACCAUAAGUAAAUAAAAAGUGAAAAAAA